GACUCGAUCCGGCAUCUUCACCUUGAGGAUUGUUUCAUUUGUCCAACAGUUGAGCCUUGUUGCUUGAGAAGCCUGACCAUAUUGGAUCUGACUUCUGUGCAUGUCACGGGGGAUGAGUUAUGGUGCCUUCUUUCCGGCUCUUCAGCUUUAGAGCGUUUUGAACUGAAGUAUUGCGACAACACAGUCUGCUUGAAAAUACCUCGUCAUCUUCAGCGGCUAAGCUACGUGAAGGUGCAAGGUUGUAGCGAGCUACAAGUGAUAGAGAGCAAAGCUCCAAAGCUCUCCAGAUUUGAGUUUGUAGGCGAGCUCCUCCAGGUACAAAUCUCACUUGGAGAAGCAUUGCAAAUGAGGAACUUACGCAUAACAUGUGACGACAUUCAUUGUUCCACUCAGGCGGAGCUGGCAUCCAGCAUGCCAAGCAGAGAGAUGAUCAACUCACCAAUGGAAUCUAGCAAACUUGUCAACCUGAAGUCUGUGGGUUUUGUUCUUGGAGAAGUGCCCUUUGGUCGGAGCUUUGAUUGUUCUUCUCUGUUUCCUCUCUUUGGUGCUUCUCUUACCUUGGAGACUUUCAUCUCGCAUGUAUUCAACGAACUCAUGCAUCAUGCUUUAGUUUUCGGAGAUCCUACAAGGUUGUCGAGGUUCAACACGACCGGUGUUGUAUCCCCCGAGAAGAAGUCACGGGUCGAGGAAGCAUGUCAUAUGCUCAGGGCCUGGUUGAGCUAAACAAUUUUGAAGUUUUGCACAGUCGAUCAUGGAGCUAAACAUUAGAUAUCUUAAGUUGUAUGGUUUUCUGAUUAUGAAGUUUCUCCAAGCAAAAGAUAAUAUUGACAACCCGCA